AUGGCCGCUCCAGGCCAGUACUCCUCGAUCAAAACCAACGUUGGUAGAACAGUAACAAAGAAGUGGAAGAAUGCAAAUAAAAUAAGCUAUGAUGGCGACGAUUGGGGGGACGAAGAUGAAUAUGAGGAACCUGUCCCCGUUUCUGCAGGCAAUCCAAGGCAUCCUGCCUGGGGACAACAGCCAAACAUACACCCUUCAAAUCGAAGCGUGACCAAUCCCUCUCCUUCGCGCGGCGGUGGACGACUGUCAUUUGAUCGCGACGACGAGAGACGGACGUUCUCCUCGGGUGCGUUUGAGUCAGCAUACCCUACCACGCAAAGGUCGCCUUUUCCUGAGCCCCAGCAUGAUUAUGAGGAUACUCCAUUCCCAAACUAUAAUGGACCUCCGCCUCUGCGAGUUGAUACACAUGGACAAGGUCCGAUGCCCCCGGGGUUUCGACCAGGCUCAAGAGGGCGUAACUUUCAGCCGUAUGAAGAGGCUCCCUUUUCUGCGCCGGGCACUUAUCCACCUUCACAAAGGUCUGGUUCGAGCAAUCGACCUCCGCCUAUCGACCCAUAUCAAAGACACGACAGUCCCAUGAGACCAGGCAGUCGAGGGUCAACGACAUCAAGUAGACAAUUUCCACCUCGGAAGCAGAGCUUAACACAGCAAGCUCCUCCUUCGCUUGAUCACUUGCGGCCCAAUCAACCAGUCAAUGCCCCGACUUCAGAUGCGGUAGAGCCUGAUGACAGUAGACCUAUACCAGUCUUUGUUCGACCCUCAGACAUUUACAAGCGCAUGGAAGAAGAGAAGGAGAAAGCACGCAAAUCGCAGGACUCUUCCCACCGUCCGAGUAUUGAUGCCACUACCGGCCCAGUAAGAGGCGAGUUUGUUGAUGCGCCACCUCCACGUCUCGACUUUCAAGCCCGCACGACCGGCGCUGCCCAGACACCAGUCGAGGAAAUAGACAAUAAGCGUCGCCUGAAACCGAACACUCUUGACACAGUCCCGGAAAGGAAGAGUGAGUACGGCUUCGACAAUCUGAUGAGUCAAGCCGACAAACCUCAAUCUCCUGCGACUGAUUCACCGAUUACUUCCGCACAGCCUAAAGAGACUCCAGCUGUCGGUGUUACGAGACGACCAACUGACGCCUCAUCGGUCUCAAACUACACGGACCGACCAGACCCGAUUUCGGCGUCAACAAUCUCGCGCAACGUCUCCGUAGGCGAGCGCGCAUUCGAGCACAUACCUCAAGACCAUUCUCGCCCAACUUUCGAUCUUCCUCCCAUAAAUCGAAUUUCUGAUUUUGGCAUAGACCUUAGUCCACAGAGUGCCGAUAGCCAUGGAGUUGCUUCUGGUAGAACUGAGCCUACGACAGGCCUGCAGUCACCGAACUCAAAUGCUUCGCAGACCGUUGAGCCGCAUUCUUUGCAGCAUCAACCCUCACUUGGCUACAGAUCCAUGGUCCAACAAGCAUUCGAACAGAGUGAGAGUCAACCCGAACUUUCCCCAACGUCGGCUUCGGACACUAUCGACCGGUCAAACAGCGAUGCAACUACGGAUAUUAGUCCGAUCAUUACACGUCAGAACUUACCCAUUGCCAACCCUCACGUAGUUCCUCCAUUAGUCGGUGGAGGGGCACAUGGCCAUUCACGACAGACAUCGGAUGUAACUGUCAAAGCAUAUGAACCUGGCUCACCUGAUAUCGAUCUAGCUUCUCCUGGGCCUGUGCGUACAGGUUAUCGCAGGGAUAUUACUCCCCCGAGCCGAGACAACAGCCCGGCGAGAAGACCGUUGAGUAUCGAGCGCUCUACCCCCAUUCAGCCACAGCAAGGGUUCGUCGAAAGUGUACGCGAAAAAGACGUUGUUCCAGACGAUGCGAAACGGGCGAGUUCGCCACCCGAGAAACCCCUCCCACAACCGCCUGCGACUCAAGAAGCUAUCAGGGACACUGAUUCUCCGAUCCCUGAGCGCACAACGUCAGAUGAAUGGCAGGAAUGGCAGGCUCAUAAGAAACAGUUCAACCAGCAAGCUGGCUUUCCUGACAGCGGGCCGGCCACUCCGUACGCACCUUCGCCGCUGCAACGCUCAGAAACACCUGCCAAGGGUACUGUGAGAGAUUUGGCCGAGAGACUAGAAACUCAGUCAGGAAGAUCGACCCCAAGCAAUACUGGCUCUCAGGUAACAUCACCUGUGACUGAACAGACACGACCCUCCGUUCAAUCUCGAAACGAGAGCUUCCGACCUCCGAUUCCUGGAGGCUGGCAGUCGUUUACCUCAACCGCUGGAGCUGAUCAGUCGGCCCCCCGCAUAGAUGGGCCCUCGUCUGGAGAUGCUCCCUCUCAUACCGAUCCACCGUUCGUACCAUCACGAAUGGACAGCACUGAUAGCAUACCUACCGCUAAAGCUCCCGCUAAUCGUUCUGACGAAGACGGUGGAAUCAAGGGCAAAGCAUUCGCUGCAGCCGCUUCUGCUGGCACUGCUUUAGCUCAUUCUCUUGCUGGUCGUAGGCUCAGUGAACGCACAGAAGACUCGAAAGCUCCUUCAGAAGAGUCGAGCGAGAAUGAAUGGGACGCCUCAAGCACCGAUAGCAAAGCUGAAUCGAAGAUCGUUGAUGGCUCUUUGGAACCAGCUAUUGACCAAUCUCCAGAGCAUGAGACCCCCAAAGCUCCUAGAAUAUCUCCAGAUAAGCCUUCAUCUUCCCCUGAGCCUUCGAAAGAGGAGAACUCCAGCGAUGCUGAAGUCGUGGAGCCCGAAGACAGCUACGUGCCAGCACCUCUGCGUACGAGUCGGAACCUUUCUGACUCCUCAAACCCUAGACCAAGAGUGCCUGGUCUGGUGUUGCAUCAAGAAUCGCCCACAACAGCUGACAACGAACGGUUGGAAGAGGAAAUCGCAAAGAGCUUGACCCCUAAGAGUUCAGCAUAUUAUGGAGAAGUGACAGCUCAAGACAACGGUGCCAGUGCCAUGAGAUCGACAAGUUCAGACUCAACGCCGUUGAAAUCAGCCGCAGAUCCAUCCACAAGCGCAGCUUAUGGUUCUCAAAACCUGUCUACUCUAGCGAAUAUUGGAUCAUCAUUGGCAGGUGCAAUUGCGCCUGCGCCAAUCGGAGAGCCCUCCUCAGGCAGACCAUCACCUUUACUGUCGCCGGUCUCAACCCAAGCUAUGAAACGCCAUUCUCCCAGUCCGGAACUCCCAUCAGAACCGGGGCUGGAUCAACGUUUCCAGCAAGACUCGAGAAUGCCUUCGGAAGAAACGCCAGAGCAAUUGCACGUGUCAAAAUCGGCACAACUAGAUCGAACCAGACCCUCAGGCUUUGAUGCAUCGCAAUCACUUUGGAGUGGCUCACCUUCACAGCAAGCAGAUCCUAUUGCCACAUCGGUGUCAGUGCCCCACGCAGAGCCCGAAAGCCAGCCUAGGCCAGACUCCCAAGCAAUUCCUCAUUCGCAAUCUGCACCUCCACAACAGCCAAACGAGGUCGGGCAUAGCAUGCAGAAAGAUACCAUCGGCGAAGCGGGCUCCCAGGCUUUGCAGCCUGAUAUGUUGGACCGGACUCUACCUCAGCAUGCAGUCCAAGAAGCCUCUUCUGAGCCUAGACCUUUUCUCAAGCAGCGGUUUUCGUGGGAGACAGGUAGCGAAGAAACUCCUACAGCGGUAACCCCCAAGCAAUCGGCUGCGACGCUUUCGACCACUUCACCAGCUACUAUCAAAACCGAAUUACCACCGCCCUCUGGUGCCGCAGAAGCUUCUCGGCGCGGAUCAACCGAGGAGGCUGGUCCUGGUUCCCACACUGUUACUCUGCAAGACUCAGACAGCAAAGUACAAUCUCCUCUGCCAAUGGAGCCAAGCACGCUUCAGGCCACGAUGCACUCACCACCCAUCGGCUCUCGUCCUAGCGAGACGUUCAACACUCGACCAUCUCAGACCCAACUCUCAGCUAAAGCACCGGGGUCAACAACAGUGUCCCUCCGUGAUAUCAUGAGCCUUGAGUCCCCUCAAGCACGCAUCAAGGCCUACGGUGAAACCAGGACCGCGUAUGCUACUUCUGAUGGUCAACUAGAGAACUGGCUGCUAUCAAUGCAAAAUCCGGAGCAUGCAGAAAUUUUCGCGAUGAGUGGGCGGGAAUUCCAGGACGCUAGUGAAGCGAUGUCCUACAAACCAUUCCCCAGAAGAAUCUUGACAGACUCUGCUGGAGCCAGACACAUGCAAGAGGACGGCAAGAGGUUGAUGAUAAAAGCGGGAAAGUUUGGUGGGAAAGCAGGAAUUGCCGCCAAGGGCUUGUUUGCAAAAGGGAAAGAGAAGAUGCGCCAUGUCAGCCAUGGAGAAAAGGUACCUUAG